GGCAACGCUGCCCGGAAGUGCUUGGACCUGUCAUGUGAUUCGCUAAUGUUGCUACACCCUCUGGUGAGAAAGCAAUGUCCAAAUAGACCAAUUCUCACCGAAUGCUUUUAGACAGACGUCCCUUUAUUUGAGUCCGCAAGAUGCAGAACGUCAUUAACACAGUAAAAGGCACGGCUCUCGGAGUGGCCGAGUUUCUCACACCAGUUCUCAAGGAGUCAAAAUUUAAAGAAACUGGAGUCAUCACACCAGAAGAGUUUGUAGCUGCAGGAGAUCACUUGGUCCAUCACUGUCCCACAUGGAAAUGGGCCAGUGGGGAAGAAGUUAAAGUAAAGCCGUAUUUGCCCCCAGACAAACAGUUUCUCCUGACACGCAAUGUUCCAUGUUAUAAGCGCUGUAAACAGAUGGAAUACUCUGAUGAGUUGGAGGCCAUUAUCGAGGAAGAUGACGGAGACGGGGGCUGGGUGGACACUUACCACCAUGCAGGAGUGAUAGGUGUCGUGGACGCUGUUCAGGAAAUUUCCCUGGACAAUAAUAAGGACAAUAAUAUGAAUACCGGAUCUGCAGCAGGAGGUGAUGAUGAUGAAGAUGAUGAAGAUGGAGAGGCAGCCGAUAUGGAAGAAUAUGAAGAAAGUGGCUUACUGGAAACUGAUGAGGCAACCUUGGACACCAGUAAAUUGUUGGAAGCCAAAGCGAAAGUUGAGCCUGGAAGUGAAGAUGCUAUACUUCAAACGAGAACAUAUGACCUUUACAUUACAUAUGAUAAAUACUACCAGACCCCUCGACUCUGGCUCUUUGGAUAUGGUGAAGACAGGCAGCCUCUGUCUGUGGAACAAAUGUAUGAGGACAUCAGCCAGGAUCAUGUGAAGAAGACCGUCACCAUUGAGAACCAUCCACACCUUCCCCCGCCAGCCAUGUGCUCGGUUCACCCCUGCAGACAUGCUGAAGUGAUGAAAAAGAUCAUUGAGACAGUGGCUGAAGGAGGUGGUGAGCUCGGAGUGCAUAUGUACCUUCUCAUUUUCCUGAAGUUUGUCCAGGCUGUCAUUCCAACAAUAGAAUAUGACUACACGAGACACUUCACCAUGUAGUAACAUGGACUAUGGAAAAUCACUUCUUCUGCCUCUAUGAUUACAUGCGAUCUGCUUGAUCUGUUGACCUUGGAAUGUUUGUGUGGCUCUGGAACACGUUGCACUGGUGCUGGACACUGAGAAACAAAUGGCUAACCUAAAUUUGUUUUUAGGGCAGUACGACAUCAGGCUUUAAUGAAAGUACUUUGUCAGUGGCGAAAGAUUAAUCGUAUGCAUUCAGUGCUCCCUUUGAAAUGUGAUAUAUUUUGCAUGUAUGUAAACCACUACCAGAACAGUGUAAAAACUAUUUUAGCAGUUACUCUCCCAUCAUCCAUGCAUUGUCCAUUCUAAUUAUUGCGGUCACGAUGAGCCUGUCCUAGCUGAGUCAGGGCGUGAGGUGGGGGACACCUGAGCCUUGACAUGAGUUGAUUGCAGAGCACAUGUAGAAAAACAACCUUUUUACACUCAACCCUAAUCAAAAUUUAAAGUCUCCAGUUAGCCGAACCAGUGUUUUGGGGUGUGGGGAGACACUGGAGUACGAUAACAUGCAAACUCCACACAGAUAUUACAUCAGAGAUUCGAAUCUAGGCUAACCACCAAUAACAGACCACCUAUCCAUCCUAACUCUAGUAGCUUAAAUACUACAUCCAAGGCCACAUUCCAGAUAUAUAUACCUCAGAUUUAAUGCUACUUUCAACAAAGCAAAAGCUAACAGCAAAUAUUUGGCACUUAAAUUACUAAAGGCUCAACUGUAUUUUUCCUCUGUCCUGUCUUUAAGUUUUUAUUAGGACACUUUAUUAGGCUUAACCAAACAAAAUUAGCACCCAGGACUGAAACCCUGGCAAAAGAAACCAAGAGUUAGUUUAAAGAAAUGCCGGACGCAGGUCUACUAUCGCUUCAAAGCUUUGACUGUUGCACAGCUUUGUACAGUCUGUGCUUCACUCGGACUGAGUUUCCAUGCUAAUGCAAUUAGUUUAGCUUUAUUAUUGUAAAGCAACUAUAUUUUUGUUCUAAUACGCUGAGUAUGUUUAUGAUUCUAAAGCAGUUACCUGAAAUAUGGUUUGGUGCAUAUGACUUGUGUGGUUAACGUGGCAACAGAGAAUACAUUUGUGGUGUACACUAUUUUAUAAAAUAAUGAACAAUACAUA